AUGGCGAAGGGGGCGGUCGUGGGGACGACGGCGGUGGUGUGCGCCGCGGCCGCGGCUGCGGCGGCGGUCGGGGUGGCGGUGGUGGUGUCGCGGAGGAGGAGGAGGACGCGGGACGCGGAGGCGGGCAGGCGGAAGAAGGUGGCCGACGUGAUCGAGGAGCUGGAGCAGACGUUGGCCACGCCGACGCCGCUGCUGCGCGGCAUCGCGGACGCCAUGGUGGAGGAGAUGGAGCGCGGGCUGCGCGCCGACCCCCACGCCCCGCUCAAGAUGCUCAUCAGCUACGUCGACAAUCUGCCCACCGGGCUCAAACCAUUAAGGGAUGAGCAUGGGCUGUUUUAUGCACUGGAUCUUGGUGGGACCAACUUUCGUGUUCUACGGGUUCAGCUUGGAGGAAAGGAGAAACGUGCUGUCCAACAAUAUGAAGAGGUUCCCAUUCCACCUCAUCUGAUGGUUGGGACUUCCACCGAACUAUUUGAUUUCAUUGCGGCUGAGCUGGAAAGAUUUGUUGAGACUGAAGGAGACGAUUUCCACUUGCCUGAGGGCAGACAUAGGGAACUGGGUUUCACCUUUUCUUUCCCAGUACACCAAACAUCGAUAUCGUCAGGCACCCUCGUUAAGUGGACAAAGGGAUUUUGCAUCAAUGGCACGGUUGGGAAAGAUGUGGUGGCUGAACUGAGCAGUGCUAUGGAGAGGCAGGGGCUUGAUAUGAAAGUUACAGCUUUGGUUAAUGAUACUGUAGGCACAUUGGCUGGCGGGAUCUAUGCUGAUAAUGAUGUCGUUGCUGCUGUAAUAUUGGGCACUGGGACAAAUGCAGCGUAUGUUGAGCAUGUAGAUGCAAUUCCAAAAUGGAAGGGACCACUACCUAGAUCAGGAAACAUGGUAAUCAACAUGGAAUGGGGAAACUUUAAGUCAGACAAGCUUCCCCGUUCUGACUACGAUAUUGCCUUGGAUUUUGAAAGUUUGAACCCCGGCGAGCAGAUGUAUGAGAAGAUGAUUUCGGGCAUGUAUCUUGGAGAGGUUGUGCGAAGGAUCUUGCUUAGGCUGGCUCAUGAUGCUUCCUUAUUUGGUGAUGUUGUUCCAUCAAAAUUGGAGAAACUAUUUGUACUGAGGACGCCGGAUAUGUCAACCAUGCAUCAUGACACCUCACAUGAUCUCAAACACCUUGGUGCUAAGCUGAAGGAUAUCCUGGGGGUUGCCGAUACUUCGCUGGAAGCAAGAUACAUAACCCUCCACGUCUGCGACAAGGUCGCGGAGAGAGGCGCGCGCCUGGCUGCCGCCGGCAUAUACGGCAUCCUGAAGAAGCUGGGCAGGGACAGAGCGCCGAGUGACGGCAGUCCGAAGCAAAGGACCGUCGUCGCCAUAGAUGGCGGCCUCUACGAGCACUACAAGAAGUUCAGCUCCCGCGUCGAGGCGACGCUCGCGGAGCUGCUCGGGGAGGCGGCCGCCUCGUCGGUCGUCGUCAAGAUGGCCAACGACGGCUCCGGCAUCGGCGCCGCGCUUCUUGCGGCCUCACACUCCCAGUACAAUGUCGUCGAGUAG